UAUUAAUGUGUCUUGGCCCUUGUGGUCAGUGCGUCACGUCAGUCUCAAGCUAAUAAACCAAUUGAUUUAAUAUGAGCAAGUUGGCAACCAGUUGUUUUCUCAUCCUGGUGUUGCUAGGACGCGCCCGAGGGAAGUGGGUUGAGGGCAGGAUCGAUACCAAGGAGAAUUGGGCAUUUCUCGCUAGAUUCUGCUUUCUGUCUCUCGACGGACAGUUCGAGUAUCUGAUAGAAUAUGACAAAGAAAUGGGCAUACCAAACUUGUUGCUUUACUAUGACGACGACAGUCAGUGGCCGGCCGUGUAUCAUAGUAGGAAGACGUGUAAAGAACGCGAAGCUAUUCUCAAUAAGGCGGGGCAAAACCAGAUGAUCAAGCUAUCUUUCUGGUACCCCGACACGGAGUAUUCUGGUUGCAUCAUCAGGCGAGAUGAUAAGGAGUUACCGGCUGAGAAAAGUUCCACGACUACAACAACAGAUACGCCUCUAACGAAAAAACCUCAAAAGAAGUCGAAAAAUGGGACAAAACCACAGCUACCCUUAGAUCCGGCGUAUUACGACCAGUUCUUAAAAACUACCACGCCGAAUCCAAAAUCUACCAUUCUCGACAACAAUGCUACCACGUGGUACGAAUUGAUGCCAACUGACGAUUUGAAUUUUACUACGGUGUUGCCAGAAGAUGAUUUGUGGGAGAGUGUUGAGGGUAUAAAAAAUGGCAGUCAAUUUGAAAAUUUGAAAGACGUGGAGAUUCUUUUUGAUAACAAAAAUAAUGUCAGCCACAAAAUCAAACGCUCAAUAUUUGAGCAAUACGAGCGCUAUCGUCGCCGUCGCCUGAACUCCCAGCCUUCUCCCCAAGGGGCUGGUAACACCAGGAGCAGCGUUGAAAAGCUGGUGGUCUCCUGCCACAACUCCAGGAGGUUCAGGUCGGCGCGGGAGCGGUGGUGGUUCAUUGCUAUCAGCAACUGUGACAGUUCCAAGGGUUUGGACGUUAGAUAUAAGUUCCUCAUGACAAAUGGACCGGACGGUGAUUUCUGGCACGAGCACUUCUCUGCUGAUGAAUUUUAUGUCCUGCCAGUAUUAUUAGCCUACACCUUCGCUUACGUCAUCGUGAUGAUAGCCGUGGUGAUGUGCAGCGUGGAACUGAAGUCGAGACACCUUCUGCACGCCAGCUACAAGCUGUUCCUGGGCUCCGUGGCGCUGCAGCACGCGGGCGUGGCGCUGCAGACCCUGGCCGCCGUCAGGUACGCCGUCCACGGCGUCGAAAACAAGGCGAGGGUCGUCGGUCAGUUCCUCUGCGGCGCUUCGGAGACCACAUUUCUUCUCCUUCUUAUCUUGUUGGCUAAAGGCUACACCAUAACACGCGGACGCCUCAAAGUGGGCUUCACCGUCAAACUGACCGUGUUCAUGUGCUGUUACAUAGUCACUUACAUUGUCCUCUUCAUAUACCAGGCCAAGGCAUUUGAUCCUGGCGAGGUGCUGUAUCUGUACGAGAGCCCGGCCGGGUACGGGCUGAUCGUGCUUCGUGUUAUAGCUUCGUGCGUGUUUGCGUAUUCUACAUUCUUCACGGUCAGAAAAUAUCCUGAAAAAAACAUGUUCUACUGCCCGUUCUUCAUCUGCGGCACGUUGUGGUUCUAUUCCGGACCAUUAUUCAUACUUACAGCCAAUUCUUAUAUAGAUAAAUGGGUGCGAGAGAGCGUGGUGACCGCAGUCCUACUGUUUAUAACGUUCUGUGGACACGUUAUGUUCUUGCUGCUGACGUUGCCAGUGUUCGCAAACAAAAAUUUCCCCUAUCACGUCAGGACUACGCAAAUCGGGGUCAUGGAGGUGACUGGUAGUUCAACCAUAGACAGUUUCGGCCCCAACGCCUACCAUCCCACCAACGGGGCUGCGCAGACCGUCAUCAUACCACUUACCAGACGUACAGAAGAACUAAUAGGCAACAUGUAUAAUCAGUAUAUGGCGACAGCCCCUCCAUUGUCUCUCGAAGACGAAACGCCCAAACUCAAUGGCAUACCAAAGAGAAUAGACUCGCUAUCACCCAAAAACAGACUAACUCAACAAAGUAGCAGCGAUACUAACACUUCUGAUGAUAUAAAACCAAUUGUAAAUGACAAAAACCAAAUAUUCACUGUUGAAAAUCAAAUGGCGAAAUUAGAAGCGGUGUUGCCACAAGAAACUCCCAAAGAAAAACUACCACACGAAAAUCUACCAAAGCACAAAAAUGGUUAUAAACUGCCUGAGAAUGGUUAUGAUUCAAGGGGUGAUUUACCCGUAGUUUUGAGGUCGAGAAGGAAUAUUUUGGAGCCAAUCAAGAGGGAAGACCCCCCAGCGCCGAGCUGGUCAUUGGCUAAAGGGCCUAGUGUCGUUGGGAUGCAGAAGAAGAUCAAGAGUAUUGAUGAUGAAGAUCCCCCUCCACCAACCGACCACGUCCCAACGGCAAAUGGUAAAAAAGUACCGCCAGUGAGAAACGGGUUACGGCAAAGCUCAGGAGAAAUUUCUACCAUACACGAAGGCCACGUCCAGUGUUACCAGAACACCGUCAGCAAUGCUACCAUUGAUUUGUUUAGUGUUGCCAACAAUAAGGGAUGAUAAAGUGGUAGAAAAUGUCCAGAAGGGGAGAUGAAGAUUUAGGUUUAAUUAUGUAAAUAAGUAACAAAAAGACUUUUAUAUACUAGUCUUUAAGAAAUACACGUUACAAUAUGACUGUUAAAAUAUUAACGUAAUACUCUUAAAUAUUAAUGUCGUGUGUUGGUAUUGAAAAUGUAUUAUAAGCACUUAUAGGUAAUAAUUUAUAUUAUUUUUGGGUAAGUAAUAAUA